AUGAGCUUAUAUAUGAACAACUUGGAACAAUUAACUUUGGAAUAUGUUAAGAUAUAUCAAAAGAUAUAUAUGGCUAGAUAGGAUAUAUUUGACUCCUUAAAUAUCUUUAAUGGCAAAGCAUCUAUCUAAUGUUCAACUGAAUAAUCAGACUUUAAAAUUAUCGCAUAAGGCAUAAAGAAAAUGUCUAACUAUCUCAAAAAGGACAUGAGUAUGGUACGCAUGUUCGAAGAAACUCUUAAAUAAUGCAAAUUAUAGCUUUUAGCUUUUGAAAAUCAAUAUUCUAAGAUUGUCAACUCUGCUAAAUAAUUUAUCAAAUACGAUGGCUAGUUGAGCGAAAAAAGAGCAGUCUUGCUCAAGUAUUUCGAAAUAAAUAUGUCUGAGUUAGAAAAAAGUAAUAAAUAACCAAUAGAUAACAGCUACUCAAUUGAAAUUUCUUUAGCAAAUUGA